UCAUUUGAUUUGGUAAUAGUAAUAAAAAAAAAUAACAAAUAGAAAAGAAUAAUGGCUUGGGCUGUGUAUCUACGCCAAUCUAUGGUAUAAAAGAAGGUUCCAUCGGAACAAUUAUUUAUUUCAGGGUACCUCUCUCUUUUUUUUUUCAAAAGGGGGAGGCAGUGUGGGGAGAAAUGACAAGAAGAUAUUGGAACAUUAAUUUAGAAGAGAUGAUGGAAGCAGGAGUUCAUUUUGGCCAUGGUACUAGGAAAUGGAAUCCUAAAAUGGCACCUUAUAUCUCUGCAAAACGUAAAGGUAUUCAUAUUACAAAUCUUACUAGAACUGCUCGUUUUUUAUCAGAAGCUUGUGAUUUGGUUUUUGAUGCAGCAAGCAGAGGAAAACAAUUCUUAAUUGUUGGCACUAAAAAUAAAGAAGCUGAUUCAGUAGCAUGGGCUGCAAUAAGGGCUCGGUGUCAUUAUGUUAAUAAAAAAUGGCUCGGUGGUAUGUUAACGAAUUGGUCCACUACAGAAACAAGACUUCAUAAGUUUAGAGACUUGAGAACCGAACAAAAAACAGGGGGGCUCGACCGUCUUCCGAAAAGAGAUGCGGCUAUGUUGAAAAGACAAUUAUCUCAUUUGCAAACAUAUCUGGGUGGGAUUAAAUAUAUGACAGGGUUACCCGAUAUUGUAAUCAUCGUUGAUCAGCACGAAGAAUAUACGGCCCUUCAAGAAUGUAUCACGUUGGGAAUUCCAACAAUUUGUUUAAUCGAUACAAAUUGUGACCCCGAUUUCGCAGAUAUUUCGAUUCCAGCCAAUGAUGACGCUAUAUCUUCAAUCCGAUUAAUUCUUAACAAAUUAGUAUUUGCAAUUUGUGAAGGCCGUUCUGGCUAUAUAAGAAAUCCGUGA